CGGAGGGCCGCAUUCUUGUGUAGCGCUGUGAUGCUAUGCUCAGAGAGCGACUUGAAACUUCAGGUUCCUGGGUAGGCCUCUGGCAUGCCAGAGCUGAACGCGGCAAGUAUUUCCACGGCAAGCCCCUGCACUCCCCGAAGUGUUCUUUUGGAACCAGGCCUCGAAAUGUAAAGCGAUGGUUUGGCCAGUUGCACUCAACCGAUGUUUGGAAUUAAUGUCUAGGUUCUCUGACCAUUUUUGGUUAGUCAGAACUACUUGUCGUCGUCGCCGCCUGUGGGCUUGAGGAGCACAGCUGAGCAGAGUUUAAGGACCACAGUACAGCUAUGGACAGUGAGCCGAGCUCCGGGACGUCUGUGUCGACAACAGCCAGCAGCACCACCACCACCACCAUCACCACAUCCUCCUCUCGAAUGCAGCAGCCGCAGAUCUCUGUCUACAGUGGGUCAGACCGACAUGCUGUUCAGGUAAUUCAGCAGGCCUUGCACCGCCCCCCCAGCUCGGCGGCUCAGUACCUUCAGCAGAUGUAUGCGGCUCAGCAGCAGCACCUGAUGCUGCACACGGCCGCUCUUCAGCAGCAGCAUCUAAGCAGCUCCCAGCUCCAGAGCCUUGCAGCGGUCCAGGCAAGUUUGUCCAGUGGAAGACCAUCUACAUCCCCCACAGGCAGUGUUACACAACAGUCAAGUAUGUCCCAGACAUCUAUCAACCUCUCCACUUCUCCUACACCUGCUCAGCUGAUGAACCGUUCCCAGGCUUCCAGUUCUACCAGCGGCAGUAUUACCCAGCAGACUAUGCUACUAGGGAGUACUUCUCCCACCUUAACAGCCAGCCAAGCUCAAAUGUAUCUCCGAGCUCAAAUGCUGAUUUUCACACCUGCUACCACUGUGGCUGCUGUACAGUCUGACAUCCCUGUUGUCUCGUCGUCACCGUCACCUUCCUGUCAGUCUGCAGCUGCUCAGGUUCAGAAUUUAACAUUACGCAGCCAGAAGCUGGGUGUCUUAUCUAGCUCACAGAAUGGCCCACCAAAAAGCGCUGGUCAAACCCAGUCCUUGACAAUCUGCCAUAAUAAAACAACAGUGACCAGUUCUAAAAUCAGCCAACGAGACCCUUCUCCAGAGAGCAAGAAGGGAGGAAGCCCAGGUCUGGAAUCUCGGAGCACAGCCGUCACACGGACAUCAAGCAUUCACCAGUUAAUAGCACCAGCUUCAUAUUCUCCAAUUCAGCCUCAUUCUUUAAUCAAACAUCAACAGAUUCCUCUUCAUUCACCACCUCCUAAAGUUUCCCAUCAUCAGCUGAUAUUACAACAGCAACAGCAGCAAAUUCAGCCAAUCACCCUUCAGAGUCCAAGUCAAGAGCCACCCCCGUCCCAGCACUGUGUCCCACUCCCAAACCAUGGCCUUUCUCCGGCUCCCAGUAAUGCCCAGACCCAGCAUUGCUCCCCAAUUCAGAGCCAUCCCCCACCUUUAACUGUGUCUCCUAAUCAGGCGCAAUCUGCACAGCAGUCUGUGGUGGUGUCUCCUCCCCCACCUCACUCCCCAAGUCAGUCUCCUACUAUAAUUAUCCAUCCACAAGCACUUGUCCAGCCACACCCUCUUGUGUCUUCAGCUCUUCAAACAGGGCCAAAUUUGCAGCAGGCGACUGCUGAUCAGGUACAGUCCACAGCACAGCUGAAUCUUCCAUCCCAUCUUCCACUGCCAGCAUCCCCUGUUGUACACAUUGGCCCUGUCCAGCAGUCUGCCUUGGUGUCCCCUGGUCAGCAGAUAGUGUCCCCAACAUCACACCAGCAAUAUUCAACUCUACAGUCAUCUCCAAUUCCAAUCGCAACCCCUCCACAGAUGUCGGCAUCUCCUCCAGCUCAGCUCCCACCACUGCCCUUGCAGUCUAUGCAGUCUUUACAAGUGCAGCCUGAAAUUCUGUCCCAGGGCCAGGUUUUGGUGCAGAAUGCUUUGGUGUCAGAAGAGGAGCUACCUGCUGCAGAAGCUUUGGUCCAGUUGCCAUUUCAGACUCUUCCUCCUCCACAGACUGUUGCGGUAAAUCUACAAGUACAGCCGCCGGCACCUGUUGAUCCACCAGUGGGAAUGCAUUUGAACCAGUGUCAUCUGCACAAAGUUUUUUCUCUUAAGGUUUAUCAAGUAGAAGAUGUGUGUGAGGAGGAAAUGCCAGAGGAGUCCGAUGAGUGUGCAAGGAUGGACCGGACCCCCCCACCCCCCACCUUGUCUCCAGCAGCGAUCACUGUGGGGAGAGGAGAGGAUUUGACAGCCGAACAUCCAUUGUUAGAACAAGUAGAGUUGCCUGCUGUGGCUUCAGUCAGCGCUUCCGUGAUCAAGUCUCCAUCAGACCCCACCCAUGUCUCUGCUGCUGCGCCUCCACUCUUAAUCCCUGCUGCCUCUACUCGGAGCAGCAGCACUUCUCUGGCCAGCAGCACUCCCAGCCUGGAAAACAAGCCUCCACAGGCUAUUGUGAAACCACAGAUUUUGACCCAUGUUAUAGAAGGUUUUGUGAUUCAGGAGGGACUGGAGCCGUUUCCUGUGAGUCGUUCAUCAUUGCUGAUAGAACAACCUGUGAAAAAAAGGCCUCUUUUGGAUAAUCAGGUGGUAAACUCUGUGUGUGUUCAGCCAGAGUUACAGAAUAACACAAAGCAUGCAGAUAACUCAUCUGACACAGAGAUGGAAGACAUGAUUGCUGAAGAGACAUUGGAAGAAAUGGAUAGUGAGUUACUCAAGUGUGAAUUCUGUGGAAAAAUGGGAUAUCCUAAUGAAUUUUUACGGUCCAAACGAUUCUGUACAAUGUCAUGUGCCAAAAGGUACAACGUUAGCUGUUCUAAAAAAUUUGCACUUAGUCGUUGGAAUCGUAAGCCUGAUAAUCAAAGUCUUGGGCAUCGGGGCCGUCGUCCAAGUGGCCCUGAAGGGGCAGCAAGAGAACAUAUCCUUAGGCAGCUUCCAAUUACUUAUCCAUCUGCAGAAGAAGACUUGGCCCCUCAUGAAGAUUCUGUGCCCUCUGCUAUGACGACCCGUCUGCGCAGGCAGAGUGAGCGCGAAAGAGAGCGUGAGAUUCGAGAUGUGAGGAUUAGGAAGAUGCCUGAGAACAGUGACUUGCUCCCAGUCGCACAGACGGAGCCCUCCAUAUGGACGGUCGACGACGUCUGGGCCUUCAUCCAUUCUUUGCCUGGCUGCCAGGAUGUUGCAGAUGAGUUCAGGGCACAAGAGAUUGAUGGACAGGCCCUGCUCUUGCUAAAAGAAGACCAUCUCAUGAGUGCAAUGAACAUGAAGCUAGGCCCAGCCUUGAAGAUUUGUGCACGCAUCAACUCUCUGAAGGACUCUUAACAAGAGUGAGGCUUUGUGCCUCUCAGCCCAUUCCUCUUACUAGGCGAAGGUAAAGCCUCGUUGGACUGAGACUAUCAGACUGAUGGGGGAAGGCCAAGUGCAUUGGGACAGCCAUGGCCAGUGCCGACAUUUCUCUUCAAAUGUCCUAACUCAUCAUGCAUUUUCAUAAUUAGAGUGCAUCAGUGACAUUAAUUUUACCAGUUACAUGCUACACUGAAAGACUUGUUACAGAGGCCCAUAUUUUUCAAAGAAACAUGCUAUACUAGAUAAUUUUUUAAAGGUAAUGUUUAUCAUUAAUAUAAAAGAAUCCUUUUAAAAAUUAUUGAUUUACAUUUCCCCUCCUUUAAUUCUCUUUUCUUAUAUGUUUUUCUACCCUGUUAGUUUUCUAAAUGUUGUCAUAGAGAUAUAGCAUAAUUUAGGAGCCCAUUGACAGAAUUGAAUGCAGUGAAAUACCAGUGUGUUUUAAAAAGCGUAUCUUCCAGACAAAUGCUUUGGCUGUGAAAAGGGAUUGUGUGUUACCCCAAGCAGUAUUUUUGAAGUUCUCAAGAGUCUCUAGUCUUUACCAGGUUGGCAUGACUGACAGUUUUCUUCCUGGUCUGUACAUUAAGAGCAAUUGUUCUCAGUGGAGAACUUGUCCUCCAGGGGACAAUUGGCAAUAUCUAGAGACAUUCUGGUUGCCACAGCUUGGGGUUGAGUUUUGGCAAGGGUUGUUAAAGGAACUGAGGUGUGGCAGCCAGCAGAGAUGUUGCUGAAUAUCCUACAGCACAUAGGAUGUCCCUGUCACCAAGAGUGACGUGUUAACAGAUGCCAGUGGUUCCAUGGUUGAGAAGUCUGGGUGAGCAAAGCGCUGCGUGUUGCUCUUUCCACCUGCAGGGACAUACUUAAAAGAUGGGCUGUUUUGAGGAGGGAUGUGCAGUGAAGGAUUAGCCAGUGGCACCAGAGUUCAGAAGUAGGUUUUAGUUUUACUGUAUACUAGAAAAAAAAGGAAAUCCAUAAAUUUGGGCUAUAGAACUAGGUUAACUCACAGAUCAUGUGACUGUGAUGUGGCACUGGCCCAUGGUCACCUCUUCCUGACUCUUCUGUGCACUGAUGAAGGUGCUAGAUAUAGUUCAUGCAGUGGAGAUGGGAUCACUUCCUUGAAGCAACCCUGCUGAGUCUGGCUAGAAUGCACAUGUCUUUCUCCCUUACUAAGGCUGUGGACUCUUCCCACAAAGAAUUUAAAGUGAUUUCUCUUAAUCAAAAGUUUUCAUUCAACAGUUUUCUGUUGGACAUUAAGCCAAAUUUUUCUGUGGAUGCUCUGAAUCUUUAUAGUGCUGGGCAUCAAAAGAUUUGCUGAUUUUGUUUGCUUUCUCUAUCUUUACUACAUAUUUGAGAAAUCUGAACAGUUGAAGGGACAUGUACAUGUCCUUGGCACAGAUAUAAGAGACAAGAAGAGUCUGAACUCAGUCAUCUUUACAGCACUUUUCAGAGAUUGUGUUAAGUUAGUAGAAGACUAAAAAGAUGUCACAAAGACAUCACAGAUAAAUUUAUCUUUUGGCUUUGUGUACAUUAGAAAAUGUUGGUUAUUUUUAUACAGAAAUAUAGUGGAUAAUUUUUUUAAUCUUUAGAUGCCUCUUGUUUGAAUGUAUGCUUUGUGUGAUUGUUGGUAUAGUAGUUUUAAGAGUUGUUCACUAGUAAUCCUGUGUAGACUGAGAAUGUGUAAGCUCAGGCUUCUGUUUCAGAAUACAGCAGUAUAGUCUAGUCUACGUUACAUAUUUCUUUGUAUUACCUUUGGUUAUUAAUGUUUCAAGGAAGGCAGGUACUCUAUGGUCAUCUGCAUCUGUCAGUACUGAGUCAUCAUGGCGGGAUUGUCAUGCACGGUCCUCAUUCUCCUAGCAGAGGUUACGCAGCACUAAGAGAUUGCCUGCCAUAACGAAGGAGGUACAAAGGCACAUUCCUCUGGAAUUAAAACUAUGUUGUAGUGAUCCACAGUGAAUAAGGAUUGUCCCGUAUAGACUUCUAGCAAUAAUGCUCCCCUCCUACAAAUACUUACAUAGAGCCUUUAAGGCAUUAAUUCUGCACUUGUACUAAAAUCAGCCCAUUGUGUGCUUAUGAGAAACCCCUAUGACUAGCACUGUCCUUAAGCACCCCUAGAGAGUUUACAUAAGGGGUUUCUCUUUGGAGAAUGCCUUCUUCUCCUUCAUCUUAGAAGUAGUCCAGAUCUUCUGUUGUCUGCACUUAAAUUUAAUUAGCAAAUACACUUUUUUCUUACAAGUGGGUUUAUUUAGAAGUGGCUCAUUUGGUGUGUGGUAGUUCUCCCAUUGCUGCAGGUACUUCUGUCUAGGUAAUUUUCAGUCAUGCUAAUUUGAAAGCUUCAAUUACAUGGAAUGGGGACACGUACCAUGUUUCCCCGACUCCUGAGCAUUCGGCUGUUCAGUGUGACAUAGACAGGAAGAACGCUGACUUCAUUUCCUUUUGUAUUGCUAAGCACUUAAGAACUUUCUUGGAGAAAAGAAAAUGACAAGCAGGAAGGGAGCACGGCUUCUUCCUAUUUUGCUUACUGAUUUUGCCUUUCCUGACUCGAAACCCUUCAGCCACUGUGGGACACGUUUUUCACAUGUUAUUUGUUUUAAGUUCUGUGUUUUUAGGAAAAUAAACAGCUGGCUUGUAAAAGUUACUUUAUAUGACAAUACUUAGAUACUUUGCAUAGACACAUAUAAGGCACAGUGACAUAGCUUCAUCAGCAUAGCAAGGAGUGCUGCCUUCAUUCCUGACACCUUCAAUGACAGUGACUGAUGGGCAUAGUCACUUUUGCAGAACUGUAAAGUCUAGGUUAAAGGACUGUCACCUGGGAGUAGAGGUGCCAGAACAAGAGGAGAGCAUGUUAGUGAAGCAGCCAGAGAGUGGCAGAGCAGAGGGACCUCCCACUCCGCUCAGUUCCCCCAUGCAACCCUGAACGCAUUUCUGCACUUUGGAGGUUACAAGUCAUGAUUUACCUGAAUGCAUAGAAGGGAUUUUCUGUGUUUUAGGAAUCCUGCUGCUUUCCUAUUUGUUUCUUGUGUUGGAAGGCUGGUGUGUGAAACUGUAUCGUUACCAUGCCUUUGAAUAACUAGUCACAGUCAGUCUUUAGAUAUUAUGUGCAAAAUUUAGUCACAUAUCUAUGACUACAUCUUGGAUUAAAAUCUUUCACAGGACUCAUUUUCUCACAAGCUUGUUAGGUUGUUUCUCAGCAGCUGUGUUCAGUAUAUGAAAUCUCUGACUAGUAAUACUCCUAAAGCAUUUCAGAAAUGUUUCAACUAGAGAGGCUGCCUAAAUGUUGUAGUUUGAAGACUUGGGUAAUGCCAGCAACACUUGUUGCUGACUGGUACUGUUAGCUGCCAUGGGAUGGCCUCAUCUUAUUUCCUGCACUGAGCCUCAUCUAGCUUCAAUCCCACCUCCAGUCAACUACACAGACUUUCUUCUUAGUUCUUUACUUGGGGUUGGGUAGUAUCCUGGCUUGGAGAUCUUCAGGCUGUUGUAAUGGGGCGGACCUUUAUGACUUCACCAGUUGUUUUUCAAUGAAAGUCUUGUCCAUCUAUGCAAAUUGUUUCCUAGUUUCUUGUAUACCAUAUGUCUAACUGUGUGACUUGUUCCUUAAAGGUUUUUUUUUUGGGGGGGGGUGCCGUGUAAAGUAAGAGACAGAUGAGAAGAUGAUAUUGCUAGCUAAAUGACAUUUAUCUCAAUGAUGAUCCUUAGUAGCUUAGCAUAAUCCUUGGUGAUGGAUGGUUGGACAAGGUGUGUUUGUUGUUUUGGUUGUUGGUACUAGGGACUGAGUCAGGGACUCAGACUCCACCUCUGAGAUUGCAUACUAUAUUUUUUGCUUGUUUGCCUAGACUAACCUGAAAUUGUGAUCCUCUGACCUUCUCUCAAGUGCUGAAUUUUAAGGUCUGUGCCACCAUGCCAAACCUAGCCCCUGUGGUUUUAAAUUGUCAAGAUUUGGCUGUAAUCAAAUUAGUUAUUUCUCUUUAUCACCUGAUCUUGCUCUGAGGAGUGCUGAUAUUAAUAGUACCAUGUGUACCCAAGUUGAGUACUACUGGAUUUUUGAAGAUGAUAAUCAAUCAGAGGGAAAGAAUCUGUCAAAAUGUAGGAGUUUGUUAUGAUUGAGUGGCCAGAAUACAGAGGCUUUUCCACAGUCAGAUAUGACAGCUGGCUCAGCCUUGCAGCCAGUCAUAAGGGAAGGAAGACACUCUAGGGCAGUGCUGUGUUCCAUUCUGAGCACUGGUGACUGCAGCUGCAGGUUUCUCCUGACUGGCGGGUCUAGUCAGCACAAGCCUGCCCAUUGUCUUGGUGUAGAGCGGAAUGACUGAUGACAUGAACUGUUGGAACUAAACGGUCAUCAAUACUGAUAUCAGCACUCUAUUCAGAGUGUUUCAUUUCGUCUCAGAGAUGGGUUUUGAGUUUAGAUGAGUACACGUAAGUACUAAGGAGAGUAAAUGUGUUUUGUUAUUCAAACGUAGCGGUAACUCACUGAACCAACCCCUUAAUGAAUUCUCUGCGAAGAUAUUUCUGGUGUUAGAUUAUAAAAUACUUUGCCAAAUAGUUUCUAGUUGAAAUAAAAGCUGUUUUCCAAUUAAAAAUGUUGAAAAUGAUAUUGACAUUUUAAAAAGUAGCCUUAAAUGGUAAGGCCUUAUCAGUUGUACAUGCAACUGAUUUACAUUAUAGAGUUAAAGUCUACUUUAACAUUAUACUAAGACAAAACUUUCUUUUUUUCUUUUUGAAAGUUACAAGAUAUCAGUUUAUCUACAGUUGUUACCAUCAUGUAGAGGAAAACAUUAGGAGGCCCUGGUCCUCUGUUGACACACACAGCUUCUCUACAGCAGUCUCAUUAGCACACACUCUGGCAAGUGCCAUAUCUAAGGGAAAUUAUUUCCACAAGGGUCUUAUUUUCUUUCUCCUUUGAUAGCUUGUGGAUAUUUUAUUUUAUUUAAAAAUACAAUUUGAAUAUAAUGUUAGGCACAAAAUGAGCUUCUAUAUAACACUUUAUAUUUUAGGCAGAGGUCUUUCUGGUUUUUUUUCAAGUGUAAACAUACUGCUGUCUAUGAUAGUCCUGAUAUCGGGCAUAAAUCUUUAGAAUGAGAAAAUUUAAAGUAGUAUGUAAUGAAUGAAUUUUAAUUAGAAAUCAGUAUAAAUCUAAAACAUUAUUAUGCUAGCAUGGCAUGGUUUUAAUGAAAUGUAAGAGGGAUGUAGUUAAGUCCUUUACACUGUCUAACUUAGUUCCAGUCAUCAUGUUAGAUAUUCAUAGUACCUGUUGCUUUUUGGCUUAAUGGAACACACCAGUGCUUUGUGGACCUUUCUCUGACAGUGGUGAACGAGUAGUGGGGAUUAGAACAUCAUUCAAGGGAACAUGAACCCACUGAAGAAGGAAGGGACUUUUUAAAUCUUGCCUCAAGUAAAUGACAUAUGUACAGUGUUUAAAUCCUUAUACAUAAUGUCUGUGUUAAAUGUCUUGGUAGUAUUAAAAAGUGAGCAAAUUACAACCUUUCUUCAGUGAUAACAUAAAUACACUUGCUGCAUUACUGUGCUGAGGAGAGAGGAAACGCGAGGCUGGGAGCCUUGGUGUUACUCCAGAUGGCAGGCCAGCCCUGGGACACGCUGGGCAGCUGUUUGGCUUUUAAUCUCAUUUCAAUGUAUAGUGUGAUACCUGCACUACUAAAUAAGCUGAUUUUUUGGGGGGAGUCUUAAAUUGUUUUUGAAGAAACAUUCACCCCGAGCUUUAAUACCCAUGCUCUUACUCAUUCAUUUGUAAACUGUCUGAACACUUGGCUUAUGUGUGGAAUAUACAAACCAAAAAAUAACAAAGUCUUCUGAAAUAAAUUCUGUGCUGCUUAAGCAUGUAUGUAAUUACAACCAGUAAUUAAUAGUAAUUAAUUAACCAGGACUGCCCUGCUGUCUGGGAACUGGGGUUUAAUAACGUCCGAGGGCUAAAUCAUAUCGCCACUCUCACACUUCCAUCUGCGGGCCAUCUCCUUGACUGUUAACAGUCAGACUAGCUGCCAUGACCGACGGUGAGACUGCUGUGACCGGCAGUCAGGUCCGUCCCUGUAUGUGGUGUGUGGGUGGCAGAUGCAAGAAGCCCAUGUGGAAUCAUUGUGCAUUUUUAGUUGCAAAAGUUUAUAUCUAGUGUUGAUGAUAGUGGAACAGUUUUCCAAAACAAUCAUCUAAAAUGAGGCAGAGAACAGGCUGCUACUGCUGCCUCUGCCUUCUCCACAGUGCCGACUGUACUGUAGUGUGUUAGAGACAGCCACCUCUCAAAGACAGGGAAGACCCAGAAAGGAAAUGCAGAACUGGUGACAGAAGGCAGUUUCUAGCUAGGCUCACACCUUUAAUCCCAGCCUUGGGAGGCCAAAGCAGACAGAUCUCUGAGUUUGAGGCCAGCCUGCUCUACAGAGCGAGUUCCUGCAGAGCCAGGCUACAUAAAGAAACCCUGUCUCAAAAGCCACCACUACCACUAAAAAGCAGAUCCUGCCUGUGCUGGCAAGUAUUUAAGAAGUGAAGAUGGAGUAAGAGUCACUUUAAUGGGGGUGAAUUCCUAUGUCACUCUGUGGUUCUGUGAAUCAGGUUGUAAUUCUUGCUUUAAAUGCUAACAUCAGUUGCUACUCACAUUCUCUAUAAAGAUAUAAAAAUAUAUUUUAAAAACUUUUAUGCAUCAUAGCUAUAGGUUUUUAAAGUGGGGAAAUGCCCAAAUAAAGUGUUACAUGACAAUUGAUAAUGGAUGCUUUCAAAUUGAGGUUGAGGUUUCUUUAAAGUUAUAAUUAUCUACAUAGCCCACUAAUCUGGUCUUUGUAAAGUGUCUCACAAUUCUGGUUACUUUAAGUUUUUGAAAGUAUUCCUAAGUUGUAUCCUGUGCUGAUUAGAUUUCUGUUGAUUUAUGCUGUUCUUGUGUCUGUAUUCUUAGAACUUGAGAAUUCUGCUGAGAGUACAGUGUAAUUUUUGUGUAUGACUCCCACAUUGAUGGAGUAAACUGCCAAUCACCUCAUUCAGAAGAUGGGUCUUGGUUUGUACAGUCGGGGAUUAAACAUCAGAAUUCAGAAAUUCUUGGAAAGUACAGGGAUUGUGCUAGAAAUGAGGGUUGUACAUUGCAGACAGCCAUGCACAGGGGCCAGCUGCUGGACUUCAAGCCUCUUUGAUUUGGCUAGAAUGCUUUGCCUUUUUACCACUUAAAAUGUGUUUCACAAAGGCAGGUUGUUGGGAUUAACUGUAUUUUUUAAUGUUUUAAACCCAUUUUUAAAAAUUCUUCCUUUUGGUUUUGACCAUUGUUCUAAAAUCAAAGUUUUAUAAUUAAAAAAAAAAUCUCAAAAGAUGAUUCAUGAAGGAAAAAAGCAUCACCAAGGGGGAAAGAAAACAUGUUUUAAUCUUAGAGAAAGCAAAUAUUAGGGUUAUAAUAGACGUGUCUUACAUUGGAUGUUGUAUUAGAGACCUCCUCACAGGAAAUGAUAUAGUUCUAGCACCCUUAGCAUAGAGUUCCUAGACUGGCGUCCAUAGCUACAGUUUUACAAUGUAUAACCUGAAAAUGAAGUUAAUUUUGCAUUAUAAGAGCACACCAUUAUCUAUGUAAAAAGUGUUCAUUGGAUGUAUUUUUUUAAGAAAAGAGAAAGCACUUUCAUAUUAAGUAGCAUGUGUGUGAAUUUUAGACUUCCUAUGUGUGUCUAGUCAGUGAAAUUAAAGGAGCAUCAGAUGUUUGCUGGCGAUGUUAACUGCUAAUGGAAGCACCUUAUCCUCUGCUGCUUAACCUUGCUUGGAUUGCACCUUUGUUACCUGCACACUUUCACAUAGAGUAUUGUAACAUGGCUUCGAGUGGGUCUGGGCAGAUGGCUAGCGGUGGGCCUACAGGAUCUUUUAUUUAUGUUGUUUAUAUUACAAUAAUAUAUUGUAGACCAAUUGUAACUUCAGUUCUUUACAAAUAAAAGCCUGACUGGUUAUUGAA